UUUAGCAGGUUUGUGCAACCGGAUUGGCAUCCUGCAGGGACCAAUGGCAAGCCGAGAAUUCAAGAAAAUUCUUGUGUGUCAGCUGCCAGCAUUAAAAUUGACUGGAGAGAACUGCAGACUUGGGUGGAAGCUGUGUUUUCCCUCAGGCUACCUGUAUCUCACCCUUGUGUGAGCUUUGUAGUGAUAUUCUGGUUUACACUCUCCGUGCCUGGGUUGAAAAAGCCUGCUGGACUAGUCCAGAUGGACGCAAUUCUGAACUGCAGACCGGAUGACUUGGAAGAUUACUACAAUCUGCUAGAAUGUGAUGAACUGUCUACGGUUGAACAAAUUCUUGCAGAAUUUAAGAUUAAAGCCCUUGAAUGUCAUCCUGACAAACAUCCUGGAAACCCCAAAGCAGUGGAGAAUUUUCAGAAGCUGCAGCAAGCUAAGGAAAUUCUUACUAAUGAAGAGAGUCGAGCGCGUUACGAUUACUGGCGACGAAGCAAAAUUACCAUUCCAUUCCAGCAGUGGGAGGCCUUGAGCAAUUCUGUGAAAACGUCAAUGCAUUGGGCUGUCCAAAAUAAGAAGGACCAAAUGCUGGAAGCUCCUGGCUCGAAUAAUAGCAGCAUCGUAACUAGUGAGAUUUGGACCCAAAAGACUGAAAACAGUGAAGAAGGACUGUCAGAUGGGAACAAGGAGCAAGAUGAUGUUGCAAUUCCUGAUGGGAAACCACAGUCUUCAAAGAAUCCAGACUCCCCAAGAUUUUCAGAGGCAAAUUAUUGGCACUUGAGUUUCCGCUGGUCAGGGGAUGCUCCGUCAGAGCUUCUGAGGAAAUUCAGAAACUAUGAGAUCUAAAAGUACACAUAAGAUCAUCUGUUCAACGAUUCAGUAUUGUUUUUUCCAGCAGUUAUAAGCUAUUUGUAUUUUGUAUUGAUGCAUUGCGAUGUGAACGUUGUUUGAAUAAAUGUUUUAAUACUGGUUUGCUCACACAUGAUAUGAGCAUUACGGGUGGAGGUCUUUUUGUUUAAUGAGCAAACUUAAGCAAAGCCCUUUUCAGUAUUAAUAUGAAGUAAUUUUGUGACGUUAUGUAACAUCCUAUAUAUUGUUUCUUGUACUCUUAAAUACUGUGUAGUGAAUAAUAUUUUUCUUAAUGCUGUGAUGUUAUGAAGAACAUACUCUUGGUAGAAUCAAAAGUCAAUGUUAGACUCCAGCAAAUGAUACUAUUAUGUAAUUAUCUUCCAAAAGCCAUAUGACAAUGAGCUUUAAACAAAACUGUGCUUAUUUCUAAACUGUGUAUUCUGGUUCACUUCUCCACUGCAUUGUUCUUCCUGUAGUGAUUUAUAGUGCACACAUGCCUAAUACUGUUACAAACUUAAUCUGUUGGAGAAUUGUGAUCUUACAGUAUGAAUUAAAUAAGAAGGUUCUUAUUAUUCAGGAAGGUCACCGUGAUAGAUCAAGCACUCCUAGAAAUCCCUUCACUUUCUAAUUUGUUAAGCAAGUAUACUUUUUGCACCAGCUAUUUAUUGUGGAAGGCAGUUUCUGAACUUCAGUUCUCCAGUUAGCAACUUUCUUCUUAAGAUUUAUUGGUGAACAGCUAAUACCCCUGGUGUGUGUGCCAGCAUUGGCCUGCCUGAACCUAGAGACCGUUUCUCACACUGUGGCUUAAUAUUAAUUUACCUCCUGGCUCUGGCUGGGUAGACAGGGUCUUAUCGAGGUUUUGUAUGGUGAAGAAUGAAGAAUCAGGCUAGUCAGCAUUAAUAUGUUUUCCGUAUUUUGGACGACUUUUCAUAUUCUACAUUGUUUAUUUUCUUCUUUGUAAACCCAGAUAAUGUGUUGGGUAUUGACAUUGUAUUUUUGUGCAGGCAAGUAAUUCCAUCAGCAACAAAUAAAACCGCAUGCAUACAAAAA